AUGGCGAAGCUUGUCGAUGAUCUGGACGCCCUCCUGGCCUCUUUGAUCGCCGGUUGGAAUGUCUACUCCUCCGUCCUUCUGGGCCUCAUGGUUCUUUUCGUCGUUUAUGCUAUAUCCUCUGCACAGGAUCCAGACACUCACCCAAUGAUUCUACUCCGGCAAGCCGCCCCAUCCAUGGUGCGCCAGCCGGGCGAGUCUGCUACCUACCGCUCCCACGAAGUCCCCCACAGCUAUCCUCUGAAGACGGGGCUCAACGUCAAAGCCCCAGGUGCGCCUCCGUAUACAGCGGGUAAAAAUGGUGACCUCCGAGACAUAUGGCGAAGAGUGCUUGGAAUCAUUCCUCGAGAGCAAGCCGGCACAAAGAGCCAGAUGGGGAAGAUCUUCACCGUGCUUGGGCGAGGAAAACCAACCGAGCAUGAAUUGGACCAAAUCACGAGGGAGAUUAAUAGCAUUGGAGAGUCGAUCAAGUCGCAUGGUGGGAAGAGGGUGGCGGUGUAUCUGCCGAACCGCAUUGAACUGUUGGCCACACUUUUCGCUGGCGCGUUUUAUGGCUUCAGCGUUACCCUGCUCCCUUACAAUCAAUCUCACCCGAUCGUGAUCGAGCAGCUUAACAGAGUCGGCGCAGAUACUUUGAUCGGAGAAGCUGGUUCCCUCCCACUAGCCGAUGCUGUGAAGUCCGCCACUAAGCUCAAGCAGGUCAUAUGGGUGGUGGAAGAGACGUCGCGCCACAUGGAUUGGACCGAUGUGCCAUCGGACGUGGGUGGCCAAGCGGACGUGUCUGUCUGGCAUGAGCUGGUAUCCGAUCAUCCAGGCUCCCUCGGGGCUUCGCUUCCGGAUGAAAUUCCUUCUAGCUCCUUGGGGACGGUUGGAUUCAUUUGGCAACAGAAUCCGAAUGCUGUCGGCUCCUUUACGGAAUUCACUCAGGCCCAACUCGUCGCUGCAAUCUCCGCCCAACUCUCCGCCUUACCGAUCAACCAUCGCUUUUCUCCUUCUGAUCUCUUUUUCUCUGCCGAUUCUCUGGACUCCUCCUAUACCCUUAUCCUCACCUUAGCCGCGCUUUUCUCCCAUUGUUCUCUAGCCAUCAACUCAGUUGCUAACGCUGAUGUCAACCUUGAUGUCAGCACUUCGUUCAUCGCACCCACUAUUGUCGUUGCUUCGGCUAAGUCGUUGAGCAACCUCCACGCUGAGAACCAUGCGUCGAUGCGGAGUAGCUCUCUCAAGCGACUGGCGCACUCCACCCAGUCGACUGUGCUGGCCGCUGGCCGCAUGCCGAAACCUUCACUUUUGAGCAGUAUCUUACCUUCCGAGCGGACUUCACUGGGGAACACACCCGGUAAACUUCGAUUGGUGUACGUUGCAGAAAGAGUAGGAAGUGACGUCACUCCCCCAUUGAGCUCUGAGGAGUUGGUGAAUCUGCGUAUUUUCAUGGGUACGCGAAUCGUAUACUCCCUUACCGCGCCCCAAGUGGCUGGAGCGGUGUGUCAGACUGGGAUGUUCGAUUACAGGACUCAAAAGCACGAAUCUGGUGGAAAGAAGCAAUAUGGGCAUUUCGGAGUUCCCUUGUCUUGCGUGGAGAUCAAAGUUGUCGACACUGCACAACAUCGGACCACCGACGAGAAGGCAGUGGGUGAGAUUGUCGCAUCAGGUCCUGCGGUCGUUGGCGGGGAAGCAAAGCUUGGAGUCAACGGGCAGUUUAAUGAUGAUGGAACGCUCUCAUAUGUGUAA